AUGAAAGGCGCUCUCUUGACAGCAGCUAUGCUGCUCGGGUCCAGCCAGGCCGCAGUUCACAAGCUGAAGCUCAAGAAGGUGCCGCUCGCCGAGCAGCUCGAGUCGGUCCCAAUCGAUACCCAGAUGGAACAUCUCGGUCAGAAGUACAUGGGAAUCCGACCCCAGUCUCAUGCCAAUGCCGUUUUCAACGGUUUAAAGGCUGAGGUCAAGGGCAACCACCCGGUUCCUAUUUCGAACUUCAUGAAUGCUCAGUACUUCUCCGAAAUAACCAUCGGAUCUCCUCCCCAGGACUUCAAGGUUGUUCUGGACACUGGCAGCUCCAACCUCUGGGUCCCAUCAUCUCAGUGCGGCUCCAUAGCGUGCUACCUGCACUCUAAAUACGACUCAUCCUCGUCAUCUUCGUACAAGUCGAACGGAUCGUCUUUUGACAUCCAGUACGGAUCCGGCAGCCUCAGCGGUUUCGUUUCCCAAGAUACUGUCAGCAUCGGCGAUAUAACAAUCAAGGGUCAAGAUUUUGCGGAAGCGACUAGCGAACCCGGCCUUGCCUUUGCCUUUGGACGCUUUGAUGGUAUCCUCGGGCUCGGCUACGAUACCAUCUCAGUGAACGGUAUCGUCCCACCGUUCUACAAGAUGCUUGACCAAAAGCUCAUCGACGAGCCUGUGUUUGCGUUUUACCUCGCCGAUACCGAAGGCGAGUCCGAGGUCACAUUUGGAGGUGUCAACAAGGAUAAGUACAAGGGCAAGAUCACAACCAUCCCGCUCAGGCGCAAGGCCUACUGGGAGGUCGACUUUGACUCGCUUGGAUACGGCGACGACGCAGCCCCUCUCGAGAACACGGGAGUUAUUCUUGACACCGGCACCUCUCUUAUUGCUAUCCCGAGCAACCUUGCCGAGAUGCUGAACGCGCAGAUCGGAGCGAAGAAGAGCUACAACGGCCAGUAUACCGUUGACUGCAGCAAGCGGGAUAGCCUAAAGGAUGUGACAUUCACUCUUGGUGGAUUCAACUUCACUCUGGGCCCGUAUGACUAUAUCCUGGAAGUCUCCGGCAGCUGCAUUUCGACCUUCAUGGGCAUGGACUUCCCAGCACCCACCGGCCCUCUUGCUAUUCUUGGCGAUGCCUUUCUCCGCAAAUACUAUAGCAUCUACGACCUCGGGGCUAACACAGUUGGUAUUGCCGAGGCGAAUCGCUAA